AUGCUAACAAGGUUCAACAAGAGGCACUGGUUAAACGACAUUGCAACGCAUCGAUAUUCAGAUGAGCAGAAUAGCGAGAACUAUUCUGCAUUUGGAAGCUUCCGAGACAACUACGAUGAUGAUAACAGCGAGGAUGAGAAACCUUUGUCACGAAGAUUUAAGUCUACUCGUGAGAAUUUAAGACGUGGACAGCCUGUUAGACAAUCCACUACACAAUCAAAGCGUGCACCCCAACCAAAGCCCACAAAACCUACAGAACUCAGUCCGCUUUCCUCUGACCAAGCUUACGUAUCCAGCACGACUCAGAACACGUCCUCUAAAUGUUUCCCCACAGUCGCUUACACGUUCAAGAUCACCCUCACUAAUGGCAAUCGAAUCACUACCAUCACUCUACUUACGAUUAUGAUAAUCCGCCUACCUGGAAUAGAUAUAAAUCUCAAAGCAAAAGCUUUACGUUGUCGGGCGAUCUCAUACGAAGCAAUGGAAAAAUACACCCAAGCUCGUGAUGAUUAUGAAGAACUAAUUACGACCAACAUGAAAAACGUGUGGGAAACAGACAGGCUGCGGGCAACAACGCAAAUGCCAAAAACAGCAGAAACGAACGACAGACAUGCAAAUGCCAUGCACAACAGCGAAAAUGCCAAAUCUCUAGGAAUAUCCUUUCUGGUGAUGCUGCUUCUUAUUUCAACACUUCUCUUUCCUAUGUCACCGCCAUUGUCUCCUCCGACGUCAGAGACUGCAUUAUCGAAUGAAUGA